CCCUUAUCCAUUUGGGUACGCACUGAAAAUUGUAAUGUGAAAGUAAUGCAGGGGAAGCUAUUGGAUUUCAUGACAAGCAUUCUAAUGGAGGCCACACACAACAGUGGAGGACUAUUUGGCAGUAAAUCUUAAUUUCGGAAUGAGUUUGAAAACAACCCAGAUGACAAAGGCCCCAGUCUUCUUCAGGUUCAGUCUACCUCCUAAAAAUCUCCUAAAAACCUUCUGCUGUUCUAUAGCACGGAAACCCAUGAAUAGCUUCUCAAGUCCUUUCAAAAUCAGCAUAAAACUUCAGUCUAGAGACUCUUUCUUAUGGCAUUACAACUACUUUGUUUUAGCUCAAAAAGAUUCUGCAUCACAGUACAAUUGUACUUCUUCUGUGAAUAUUGAAAUCCAGAAGAAAAAUUCACCCGCCAAAUUAAGGAAAAAGAUGAGAAAAUCUCCGGAAGGGCAGUUAAGACAUGGUUUGGACAUGUGUUCCAAAAGAGGUGAUUUAUUGGAAGCCAUUUCAUUGUAUGAUAAUGCAUUGUCAGCUGGUGUUAAAUUUGACCAGCACAAUUACAAUGUGCUUCUCUAUCUCUGCUCUUCUGCUGCCAUGGGUAUCCUGAGACCUGCCAAGAGUGGCACUAAAAGAAGUAACGGCAAUAAUUCAGGUUCAAAUGACCAAAAUCAGCCUUCAAUUAAGACUGUUGAAAAAUUAACAGAGGUUUCUGAGAAAAUCAAGGAAUUGGCCCUCGAUAGAGGCUUUCAAAUCUAUGAAGAAAUGCGUUCAGAGAAAAUCCCUUUAAAUGAGGCCGCAUUUACCUCUGUGGCAAGACUGGCUGUAGCAAAGGGUGACGGAGAUUUGGCUUUUGAUAUGGUGAAACAAAUGCAAUCUUAUGGUAUAGCUCCAAGGCUCCGUUCAUACAGUCCCAUGGUGUUUGCUUUCUGCAAAAAUAUGGAGGUGGAAAAAGCAUAUGAGGUGGAUGAGCACAUGAAAGCUUUUGGUGUGGAAGCAGAGGAACCAGAGCUAGAAGCACUCCUGAAGCUAAGUGCUGAAGCUGGUAGAGAAGAAAAGGUCUAUCAUUUGUUACAUAGACUGAGGGCAAGUGUUAGACAGGUAUCUCCAUCUACUGCAAAUGUAAUAGAGCAAUGGUUCAAGAGCAAAGUGGCUGCAAAGGUGGGUGCAACUGGUUCGAGCAUUGAAACAAUAAGAAGAGCCAUGGAAUCUAGAGGAGGAGGCUGGCAUGGCCAGGGCUGGUUAAAUAAAGGCAAAUGGAAAAUUGAACACACCAGCAUGACCCCUACUGGUGUUUGCAGAUGCUGCGGUGAGCAAUUGAUUACAAUUGACAUUGAUCCAUUGGAGACAGAAUAUUUUGCCAAAUCCAUUGUGGCUUUGGCCACUCAGAAGGAGAUCGAGUCCAAUUUCACUAAAUUUCAGGAAUGGUUGGACAAUCAUGGACCAUACGAAGCUAUUAUUGAUGGUGCAAAUGUGGGCCUGUAUCCUGAAAACCCUAUUCCUAGUUCAUUUUUCUCACAGUUGAAUGCUGUUGUUAAUGGCAUAAGGGAAAGAAGCCCAUCCAAGAAAUGGCCACUGAUCGUCAUGCACCAUAAGCGUACAAGAGAUGUGCCCGCAAUUCGACCUAGCAAUAAACAAUUAAUCAAUGAAUGGAAAAAUGUUGGUGCAUUAUACACUACACCAACAGGUUCAAAUGAUGACUGGUACUGGUUAUAUGCAGCUGUAAAAUUUAAAUGCUUGAUCAUAACCCAUGACGAGAUGAGAGACCACAUAUUUGCAAUGCUUGGGAAUGAUUUUUUUCCCAAAUGGAAGGAAAGACAUCAGGUUCGAUUCUCCUUCACUGCACAUGGUCCAGAGUUUCACAUGCCACCUCCAUAUUCAAUUGUGAUUCAGGAGUCUGAAAGAGGAUCAUGGCACAUACCCAUAGCAGGUGGAGAUGAGAUUCAGAUCUCAAGAAAAUGGCUGUGUGUUACAAGGCCUGUUAAGCGUCAAGGAACAAGGCGGCCUAGUCAGGCAUCAAAAAAAAAAAGUAAACUAGAUUCCAAACUCCCUGAACCUGAACAUGCUCAUGGAAUGCAAACUGGUGACUCAGAUGUAGAGUUUGAUGAAACUGAGGUCUCAAGAGCUGACAGCAACAAUCAAAAGGUUCUAUGUCAAGACCUGCCUACUCAAGCUGCUCCAACCACAGCUGGACUAGGGAAACAAAAACAUUGUUCAUCACUUUUAAGUCAAUAUACUAAGAAUAAAAACCAGAGAGAACACAAUUUGGUGCCACCUGCAUUCUCACUCCCUGCUUCAGUAACACUAAAGAAGAUUGAGACUUUGCAAAACCAUAGACUUUUCUACUGAUUUUCAAAUUUGAUGAGUGCGAUCUAUCUAUGAUCGAUGAGUGAGAUAUAUCUAUAGUCCAUAUUGGCACCUUUAUGAAGAUUCUUAUUCUUGCAGUUCUCUGUAUCUAGUACUCCUGGUGUAGGUGGAUUGGCAAGCCCUGGUUUACUCCGGAGUUUGGUCACGAGGUCAAAACCUUUGUGCCCUUUAUUCAAAAGGGGUUCUCAAACUCCAAGUUAGCUUGCUAGUUAGUCUAGGACCUAAUAGUCACCUUCACUUCUACCAUUCUAUAUCCAAAUGCUGCUUUUAUAAUGGGACAGUUUUCAAUCAGUAAUGGCUAAGUCAUUUUGGUUGUAUCUGUAGCUUCCCUUUUCUACAGAGCAAUCUUUAACUUUGGUCCCAACAUAUCCAAUUCAAAGAUAUUUGAACAAAGAAAUCUAUAUCAAAAAAAAUGUUGAUGUGCAGCUUGCUGGUUACAUUGCAUAUUUGCAAAUUAGCCAGUAAAAGUUCUUUUUCAGUUGAAAAUCAUGAUGCUUGAUGCAAAGCAUGGCAAUUCCCAAUAAUUGCAAACAGUAAUUUAUCAUCAGUGUUGCUCAACAUAAAUGAUCAGGGAAGAGCUCAGUAAGUUAUAUUUAUUA